ACUUUUCACACUAAAGUAACGCUCCACGUCUACACUGCGUCAUAUUCUCUGUUAAAUAUCCAUCUGGAGCAUCUACUAUAGUAUAAAGUAUAAUUUGUGUUUGUGUACAGUGUACAGUUUUGUCAAUUUGAUUAUGAGUGAUAAGUGAAUUUGGAUACAUGUGGGGUGGAAAUGCCUUCAAUGGUCAAUAAAAAUCUUUCAUACUUGUUUUUGAAGGUUUUUAAUAACAAUCCAGAUGUUGUAUAAGAAGAAUUACGGAUAGCAGUAUUGUCCAAAAGAUAGGCGGAGCUGCCCCUAUAUGUGAAAAUGGAAAUAGCCAAGUCUCUCUUUCAAGUUCGUGAUCAUGAAGGUUAUGUUGGAAAGGAGGAACAUAAUAAAAAAGUGGAAACAGCUGCAUCGGAUGACGAAUAUGAACUUGAUGGUGCAGGCUUAUCUGGAGAAAUACUGUCUCCUGCACCAGGAGGUCCUUUUUCCGCCUUAACACCUUCUAUGUGGCCCCAGGAUAUUUUAGCCAAACUAAACCAACCAGAUGAUCCAAAUUCUCAACCCGAAUACAGGUUUGACGAAUUUGGAUUUCGAGUAGAUGAAGAAGAUGGACCUGAACAAAGCUCUAAAAAAUUAUUAGGAGUUCCUUUCGUUGAAGAUCCUCAGCACAGAUUACAAUGGGUCGCCCUUUUAGAAUUCAGUCACAAUAAAGAAGUAUCCGAAUUAUCGUGGCAACAGGUGGAUAGAAGAUUACCUCGCACAGAUAAAUUAAGAGAAAUGGUUCACCAAGGAAUUCCUCAUUCUUUGCGUCCUCAAAUUUGGAUGCGAAUGUCUGGAGCUUUGCAGAAAAAAGUCUCCUCGGAAACGUCCUACAAGGAUAUAGUAAAAGCAUCGAGCAAUGAUGCUUUAAUGACCAGUAAACAAAUAGAGAAAGAUUUACUUCGCACGAUGCCUGCGAACGCGUGUUUUAGUCAUUUACACAGCACUGGAAUUCCCCGAUUACGAAGAUUAAUGCGAGGCCUUGCCUGGCUUUAUCCUGACAUUGGAUAUUGUCAAGGAACGGGAACAAUAGCAGCUUCGUUAUUAUUAUUGUUGGAAGAAGAAGACGCAUUUUGGAUGAUGGCGACUAUUGUGGAAGAUUUAUUACCCGCUUCAUAUUAUUCUUCAACUUUAUUAGGAAUACAGGCCGAUCAAAGAGUGCUUCGAACGCUUGUAUCGAACUACUUACCAGAUAUUGACCAUGUUUUGGCCCAACACGACAUAGAACUAAGUCUCAUAUCAUUGAACUGGUUCCUAACUUUAUUCGCAUCCGUCGUUCACAUGAAGAUACUUUUGAGAAUCUGGGAUCUCUUUCUUUUCGACGGGUCGAUUGUUCUCUUUCAAGUAACACUUGGAAUGAUAAAAAUCAGAGAGGCUGACCUCAAACAAGUGGAAAAUUCCGCACAGAUUUUUAACGCUCUGUCUGACAUUCCUGGAGAUAUUGACGAUGUGGACCAAUUGUUUAAAGUUUCGAUGGAAGUAAGUGGAUCUCUCACCGACGUUUUAGUCGAAACACACAGGAGACGCCACUUAGCUUAUUUAAUGGUUGACCAAGGUGGUUUAGUUGGAAAUCCAGACGCUGCUCCAAAUUUACCAAAGCAGCAACUCAAUAGGCGCCAAAUGAAGAGAAACAAAUCCGUUCUUCAGACAAUUUUGUUUGGAAAUGACGAUGCGGAAGACGAUUCCAAAUGCAAAAAUAUUCGUCAGACUGAAAUUUUGGUGGACCUCCGAGAGUCAAUUUUGCAAGUAGCGAGACAUUUUAUGAAUCUGGAUCCCAAAUUAAGCAGCAUCACUUUGGUUGCUGACUAUAGUAUGGAAAGCCAUGCCAAAGACCAUGACAACUAUGUAAACGUAUCGCGAAUUCGGAAGAGAAGAGCGAAAGCUUUGUUAGAUUUUGAAAGACACGACGAUGAUGAGUUAGGUUUUCGAAAAAACGACAUAAUAACAAUAAUCAGUCAAAAAGACGAGCACUGCUGGGUUGGAGAACUUAACGGUCUCCGUGGCUGGUUUCCGGCAAAAUUCGUCGAAUUACUGGACGAACGAAGUAAACAAUACACUUGCGCAGGAGACGAUACAGUUAGCGAAGCUGUUACCGAUUUAGUUAGAGGAUCUUUGUGUCCCGCUGUAAAAUCAGUUUUAGAACAUGGAAUGAGAAGGCCAUCCUUUUUGGGAGGUCCUUGCCAUCCCUGGCUUUUUAUUGAAGAAGCUUCAACUAGAGAAGUCGAAAAGGAUUUCAAUUCAGUCUACAGUCGGCUUGUUCUCUGUAAAACUUACAGAUUAGACGAAGACGGCAAAGUUCUCACACCCGAAGAGUUGCUCUACCGUUGCGUGCAAUCAAUUAAUUUAAGUCAUGACAAUGCACAUGCACAAAUGGAUGUAAAAUUGCGUUCCCUUAUCUGCCUUGGACUCAACGAGCAAGUUUUGCAUCUCUGGCUCGAAGUUUUGUGCUCCUGCGUCGAUGUUGUGCAAAAAUGGUACCAGCCAUGGAGUUUUGUGAAUAGUCCGGGCUGGGUUCAAGUCAAAUGCGAAUUGAGGAUACUUAGUCAAUUCGCCUUCAAUUUAAAUCCCGACUGGGAACUGCCCCCCAAAAAGGAACAAUCUCAACCUUUAAAAGACGGCGUUCGCGACAUGCUCGUAAAACACCAUCUUUUUAGUUGGGAUCUUUAAAGAGGAACAAUUUCAGAAAAAUUUUCAUACCUUAAAACUUUUAAUACGUAGUCAAGUUUUCCUCGAAGCCGAAUUUUCUACGCGAGGUUACUUAAAAUUUGGAACGUCUCUCCUACUCGUAAAGAUCUACUAUCAUUUUUGAGAGUAUUACAGAUUUUUCGUUAGUAAGUUUUCCCUGCAAAUCUGCAAGCUGAAAUCUCAUCCUUAUUUAAGUUAUCACUAAUCAUGUCAACUGGCCUUUGCUAGAGAGAAUUUAAAAAUGUUUUUAAUUUAUUUAUUAUACAUAAGUCACUUUCUAAUUUUAGGUUUUCCGGUUUAAAUGAAACAGAGAAAGUUGAGAAUGCACCAAAACGUAAUUUUACGAAUCUGUCCUUUUUCAGGAAAAUGAUUUUUUAUGAAAGAGGGGAUUAAACUUUAAUCAUCCAAGUCCGUCCUUUCAUUAUUUAUAUUAUGCAUUUAAAGUUUUUAAACAGAGAAUAUUUAUAGAGAAAUGGAUACCAUUUUUAACCUUCUAUGUUUCGGUUAAUUUAAUUUUCUUUUUUAAUCAGUGCAAUAUUUGAAAGUGUACAAAAUACUAUUUAAGAAUUGAAGUAAUCGAAUAUUGUAUAUUCGGAAUAAAUAAACAAGGAAAAGUUAAAAACA